CCAACUUUACCAUGCAAUCGUGCAUGCAACUUUAUCGACGUUAACCUAUUUCACUUUGCUUUCACAUUAUAUUUCCAGUUUCAUAACGUUGGAAUUCUUUCCUUUUCCGGCAUUAUUGUAAAUCUACAGUCAGUUUUACUGACGAUAGUAAUAUAUAUCUCUACCUGCAUAUUGAUAUUCAAUAUACAAACAUGCAGAAUAAUAUACUUUUCCUUUGGGAAUAUGGCCCCUUUUCCUCCCUCACGACGAUAUUGCUUUUGUUUUUAUAAUUCCCUCUCUAUAUGAUUCUUUUUCUUUCUUGUUUAUAAUUCUUUCAUUCUCCUAGCUAUUAUCAAGAGGAUCACUCUAUAUACUUUUCCCUUUUUACAACAAAAAAUUUAUUGGGCUAACAAAUUAAAGCCUUCUUGUUCGGUUGUUCCUGAGCUGGAACUUUGGGGAGGAGAAGGGGGCAGGAUGACCUUGGUGGUGAUCCAAAUAGUGGUGGUGGCCCUUCUCUUCGUCAAUUGUCACAGCUUCGCCACUGCCGACACAGAUCCAUCGGACGCUUCAGCCCUGAGAGUAAUGUAUAGCUCCUUAAAUUCACCGGCGCAGCUUACAAAUUGGAACUCAUCUGACAGUAGUGAUCCUUGUGGAGAGUCCUGGAAAGGCAUUACUUGUUCCGGCAAUAGAGUUACUGAAAUACAGAUAUCUGGUCUAGGGCUCUCUGGAUCAAUGGGAUACCAAUUAACUAGUCUUACAUCUGUGACCAAUUUUGACAUAAGCAACAAUAAUCUAGGAAACCAGAUACCUUAUCAGCUUCCUCCAAAUGUGCAGAGACUUAACCUUGCUGGUAAUGGUUUUACUGGUGGCUUACCUUAUUCCAUUUCACAAAUGACUUCCCUUCAAUACUUAAAUGUCAGUCAUAAUCAAAUUCAAGGAGAACUGAAUGACAUGUUUGGAUCCCUUUCUUCUCUCAACACACUGGAUAUCUCUUUCAAUUCAAUGACCGGUAAACUUCCUCAAAGCUUCCAGUCACUGACUAGUAUGAAGAAAAUCUACCUGCAGAACAACCAGUUUACAGGAAAUAUUGAUGUCCUCGCCAAUCUUCCUCUUGACAAUCUGAAUCUUGAAAACAAUCAGUUUACUGGCGGGAUUCCUCAGAAAUUAAAAGGGAUAUUGCAAAGAUCUAACAGUAACACAGGAAGCUCAGGGCCAGCGCCUCCGCCUCCACCUGGAACAACCCCCGCGAACAGGUCAAGUACUCAAAAUCACAAAUCCGGAGGCAAUGGCAGCCCUUCCAGUGGUGGAGGUAGCAGUGGUAGAAAUGAGAAAUCUGGUAUAGGCAGUGGAGGUGUUGCAGGCAUAGUGCUAUCAGUUUCAGCGGUUGGCGCAGUUGCAGUUUUCUUUAUUAUCAAGAAAAGACAUAGAAAGUCGUCAACAGACAUAGAAAAACUUGACGUUCAGCCAUUCUCUCUUGAUUCACAGGAAGGACAAGAGAUGACACUUAGCCAAAAUUCCUCCACAACAAGCAUGAAAGCUGUUGAAACUCCCACCUCGGCGACUCUAAGACCUCCACCAAUCAAUCAUCAUAAAUCCUUUGAUGGAGAUACUAUUUCAGCAAAACCCAUUGUUCCUCAGAAUAAAACUCAUACAGCUCAAAUGAAUGUUGUGCAAUAUUCAUUUGCAGACAUACAGAUGGCUACUGAUGGCUUCAGUGUUAAAAACCUCAUCGGUGAGGGAUCCAUUGGGAGUGUAUAUCGGGCUCACUUUGAUAAUGGCGAAGUUCUGACUGUCAAGAAAAUUAAUUCAACUGAGCCCCGGAAUCCUGAAGUUUUUCUAAAUAUGGUUUCUGACAUAUCUCGGCUGCAUCAUCCAAAUGUGACUGAACUGGUUGGUUAUUGUUCAGAACACGGGCAGUACCUGCUGAUUUAUGAAUUCUAUAGAACUGGUUCGCUGCAUGAUUUCUUGCAUCAGACGGAUGAAGAAAACAGCACGCGACUAACAUGGGAUAGCCGACUCAAGAUUGCACUUGGCACAGCAAGAGCACUAGAGUAUCUACACGAAGUUUGUUCGCCAUCUUUAGUUCAUAAAAAUAUCAAAUCUGAAAAUAUUUUACUUGAUACUGACCUCAACCCUCAUCUAUCAGACAGUGGCUUAGCAAACCUUGUUGCUGAUGUAGAUCAGGGAUUGAACUAUAAUACAGGGUCUGGAUAUAGCGCACCUGAGGCUGCUAUAUCUGGAAAGUGUACCACGAAGAGUGAUGUAUACAGCUUUGGUGUGGUUAUGUUGGAACUUUUUUCUGGACUAAAACCUUUUGAUAGCUCAAGACCAAGAUCUGAACAAUCCUUAGUUAGAUGGGCAACCCCUCAGCUCCAUGAUAUUGAUGCCCUGGAAAAGAUGAUCGAUCCAGCGCUUGAUGGACUCUAUUCUGUUAAAUCUCUGUCACGGUUUGCUGAUGUUAUUGCUCUCUGUGUCCAGCCCGAGCCUGAGUUCCGGCCACCUAUGUCAGAAGUGGUUCAAGCAUUGGUUCGGCUAGUGCAACGAGCAAACCUGAGCAAGAGGUUACACGGUAUUGAUCAGGACUGAGACGACGAAAGAGCUGUUCAAGACUAAGAAACUCAGUUCCAAGCAACAAUGACUCACUCUGUUGACUAUUCCAGCUAAUGGUUUCCCCUAAAUUCUUUGCUGUUUAUGGGAGAUUACCUGAAGCUGAUCAGUACAGCAAGAUCUUGUGCGUUGCAAUAUUUUCGAUUAAUACCAGAUGCUAACAUUCCUAAAUUAUCUUGACUUGUGAGAGAACCUUAUUAACACAUACAUAAUUGGACUUUAUACCGGCUA